AUGACAUUUCAACCGGUGUUCCAAAUUAGAAAGGAACUGAAUUUUGCGUCAUUGGAAGAUGAAUCGAACCUUACCCAGUCCUUUGUCGAGGAAUUUCAGUCACACAAUGCAGAUACAACAGUGGUAGACGGAUUCUCGAAUGAUGUGAUUUUGGUGGAAAACGAGAAAUAUAAUGUCAAGAAGCUGCCCGCAAACAUGGACUUUUUGCCCCAGGAGAAAAAUUUGAAUGCUUUGAUUGAUACAGAAUCUGGGAAGGCUUUGGUUGCCGACAGUGACGAGCUGUAUGUUUGGACAUUCGAUGCUGGUUAUAAACACCCCAAUAUAAACAAGAUUUCUCUGCAUAGCGAACACGAGCUGCUGCAAAGUCCGCCAGAGGUUGUGUUUACGUGGCCCGCUGCAGCAGACGACGAAAUUGACUCUAAAGUCCCAGGAAUCUGCGUUGUGAACAAAGUUACCGGGGUCGUUAAAUUGUUCGAGGAAGUCGAUACUAUCAACAGUGUUUCGUCCCCUGUGUUUAGGGACAAAGCGCACGAGCUUGACCUCAAACUGAAGAGUAAAGAACAUGUCAUUAGCGUGGUCAAUUGCGAACCCGCUGGAAUCGUGAUAGCCACCUCCACAGGUCGUCUUCUACUGAUAGCGAUAAGGGAUUAUGCGGGCCAACCCAUGUUGAAGUUGAAGGCUCAGCUCGUCAAAUCCCAUAUGACUCUAUUCAGUACGUCUAACGAGUUCAAACAGGUUGUCUCAAUGAAGCCCGGAGUGAUUGUUGGGAAAGGAGAAAGAAUCUUGUCGACGAUCACUCGAGGUGGCCAUUUCCUAAUUUGGAAUCUUUCUGCAGUGGCUCAGUCUUAUAAGCGGCUGGAAAUAAACAUUUACGAGCAAAUAUUGGAAUCUCUUCAGGACCUGUAUCCUACAGCACAUGGAUCACUUCAGGUUCUGGAUUCCCAUCCUUUGCCCGCAGACAAGCAAGCGUAUUCGGUUUUGUCUUCCAUAAGAAAUGGUGACGAAGGAAACCUUUACAUUUUGUCCACGAUUGUCGUAGAUGAGAAAACGAACAGCUUCGCAAUCUUUUCCACUUACAGAUUGAACACGAUAUAUUAUCCCAUAAAGUCUGCAGAGUACCCCCGCUUGGUGAUACCUGCCGCUUUGGAUAGCAAGAUUGACAAAUUCGUCACAAUAUUUGUCAUUUUCGAAAACGCAGUAGUGCUUACACAAGUCAGCGCCAAGCUUGAUCACACUUACCCACUCCGGAGGAAAUGGGAAGAUAUUAUAAGCUUUCGGAAAAACACGAAAAUAAUAGGCUAUGGCUGCGAUUCAGAAGCAAUAUACCUGUUUAAUAAAAAAGUUGGUAUACUACGAGUUUCAGCCACAAAGGAGUCAACAGCACCAGAAGACUUCAGAGGAUCAUUUGUUAAAUCACACUUGGAACAGGCGAUCUAUUUCUCCAACGUUGCUUCCACACCCAUCGAAUUUAACAUUCCAAUGGAAAUCACGCUAGACCGCGAAGAGAUCGAAUGCGGAUUGAUGGCUUGUGCUAAAGAAAUCUUGCUAACGAAGUCAGAGUACAUUCCACCAAAAAUGAGCUCUGUUCUGCACCAAGUUCGCUUGCGAGUGGAUCUAUUUAGGACACUGCUUGAAUUUACCAAAGUAAACUUCCUGAACAAGGUAAGGCCAACUAUCUUGCUGGAAUUAGUUGAGUAUUUUGAGAUUCUCAAUUGCGUUUCCACAACAUUAUCCUAUGCCGGUUCAUCUUCGGAGUUGGCAAGCCUGUGGCAAGAAACACUUAAAGGCAAUGAAAUCGACGAAGAGACAUUCGUUGUGCAUGGAUUAGAAGGGUUCCGCCAGGUCUUCGAAUCAUAUUUGGAAAACAUUGCUAGCACGCUGAGCGCUACGUCUGAUAUAGACUCGUGGAAUACUGGCAUCGAUUUCUUGGUCGCUUCAGUUUACGAAAGUGUAUUAAAUGACGGCGAGCAAGAGUACCGGUAUCAGGGUUUGCAAUUAGAUCCAGCUGAGCAACAGAGUAAACUUGCUUGGUUCGCGGAGGGCAGAAUAGCAGAACUAUCAAAUGAUUUAUUCUUGGGAUAUUCCGAUGUCUUGGAGAAGACUGAGAAUUUGGCAUCUCACGCCCUAAAAUUGUUGUCGCUUGCCAAAGCUUUAUACUAUAUUUCCAAUCAGAGAAUAGCGUGGUUCAAAGACGCAUUGACUCGCACAGAGACCCAAGAAUAUAAAGAGCUCCUCACUUUGUAUCGCAAAAAUACAACCGUUUGGAAUGAAAUUCUGUGCAAGGCAAAUCAGAACUUAGAGUGCCUACAAAUAGCCGAUUUUUAUCGAGAUCUGCGGUCGAUUGUCCAAAUUCUGAACAACAUACAUGAUGAAGUAUCUGCUGAAGCAUUUAUUCCGUAUUUUAACAAAUACGGAUAUGAUUUUGCUCGUGAGUUAUUCUCUUCAUACGUGGCAAGCGGGAACUUGCAGGACCUCUACAACAAAUUUCCACAAUUCCACCCUCUUUUGGUCAAAUUCUUCGAUGAAAACCCCCAAUAUAGCGAUGUUGCGUGGAUUGGAACCGUCUUCGAUAAGAAAUAUAGUAAAGCGUCGUCUCUCUUGCUGGAUGCUGUCGAGAGGAACGCUAAGCAAGAACAUCAACUUAAUCGGUGUCAAGUGCAAGCCAGUAUCGCGAAACUCUGCGUACUGGCUGCGAACCGCAACGUCGAACAGGGAGUACUUGUCAAAAUACAAGGAGUUCUUGACACUGCGGACGGUCUCAGUGAUCUAAAGGACAAAUUGAGAAGUGGUGCAAGUCUCAAUGCGCGAUAUCAUUCAGAUGAAGAGAUCAAAACCCUGUUUUCCUGUUUAAGCGGUCGUGUCGCGCGGGAGUUCCAAGUCUCGAUGCAUGAAAUCAUCGAGAUUUAUACACUCAUGAACCAAAAGGACGGAUUCUUUUAUGCCCUCAAACUUCUCCUGCUGAAUAGCGAGAUGUUUGACUUAGAGUCUUACCGGUUUUUGAAUGCACUUUUAUGGAGAAGAUGUUUACUCUUCGAAGGGCCAAUGAAACUCACGGAUUUUCGCAAUUCAGCUUUGUAUUUCACAUUGAGCAGAGCUUUUAACGAACUCCUGUUCAAGGCCAAUAGUGACCUUCCGGCUUGGGAUAUGCUCGUAGACCUCAGUUCGACGUCACCAGAUUACUUCAAGGCGAGAUAUGCGGAUCUGGUCCAAACGCCCCUUGCUCUAGCAGAUUGUGCAGCAGACGAGGUAAACCAGAUUCGAUCACUUGGCGAAGAUCUCGUUACCGAUUUAAAGACCGUCAUUGCAACGGCAAAUGAAACUGCCGGCUAUCCUUACGUGAUCAAUUACGAAACAAACAAAAUAGAGAAUAUUCGCGUCAAUUAA